AUGCCAUCGGCAAAUUCCUUAGCAUCAUCAUCUUCUUCAGAAAUAGGAUCAGGCUCUUCACUUUUAAUAUUAUUGUUUGAUUUAGAUUAUAUUAAGGAUAGUGUUGACAAGCAUGUUCAAUCCCUUUUGAAUAGUUUAUGCUGGCCUAAAUCAAAUAAUAAUAUUGAAAGUGAAGAGUCUGAUCCUAUUUCUGAAGAAGAUAAUGAUGCUAAGAAAUCUGCCAAUGGCAUUUUAGUUCCUUGGGAUGAUACAAUAUCACGAUUUUUUUUAUUAUAG